CUUCAGUUGUCGCUGUCCCUGAGACUGUUUGGCGAAGCCGAGGAGUUUGAUUCGGAGUGACACCGGAUUGAGUCGCAGGUGGAGUUUCUGACAUCGCGGAGCGAUUGGCGCCGGCAGGAGCGAUCCUGGUUUCUCCAGUGGAUUAUUGCACGGUUCCCGUCUGCCUUCUGGGUUGCUGCUGGUGGGCUACGCGGUGGGUGCUGCUCCCUCCCGACUUCAAGCCAUUGUGGAUUAUAAUUGCAACAUGACCCUGGAAGAGCUGGUUGCUUGCGACAACACUGCCAAAAAGAUGCAGACGGUGAGCGAAGCGGUGGAGCAGCUGCUGGUGGCUGCUCAGCGGCAGGACUGCCUGACAGUCGGCGUCUAUGAGUCGGCCAAGCUCAUGAAUGUGGAUCCAGACAGCGUGGUCCUUUGCCUCCUCGCCAUUGACGAAGAAGAUGAAGGCGACAUCGCCUUGCAAAUCCACUUCACCCUCAUCCAGGCUUUCUGCUGCGACAAUGACAUCAACAUCCUGCGGGUGUCCGGCAUGCAGCGGCUGGCCAAGAUCCUGGGGGAGAGCUCGGAGGACAACAGCGAACCCCGGGACCUGCAUUGCAUCUUAGUGACGAAUCCCCACACUGAUUCCUGGAAGAGCCAAGGCUUGGCGGAAGUGGCCAGUUACUGUGAAGAAAGCCGUUGCAAUAACCAGUGGGUCCCCUACGUUCCGCUGCUGGAGCGUUGAGCUGGGCACCGUCUUCUCGUCUUGUGCUGAAUUCCUGUUUUUUAACCAAAAAACCAACAUUUUAAAAAAUAAAAAACCACCCCAUCAAAAUCAAAGCUAAGGAGUAACGGAGAGGAGAACGCCUGGGCCGGCGGUGAAGGUGUGCGUGGAAAGGGAGGUGUGCCAGGGCACUGGCGAUCGAGCCAAGGGGCUGUGACUGCAUGGAGACCGUUAUAGGAGCAGCUCGCUGGAGCAGGCUGGCAGGAGACACGCUUGGGGGAAUGACUGAAGCAAGGCAACUGACUCCUCGGAUGUGAGGGGCGCUCGAAUCCUGUACGCAAGGCACGAGGUGUUUCUCUGACUGCGUGGGGUGUGGAUGCCACUGAUCCAUGACAAGGGACUGGAUUUCCCUCUGCUUCCUUUCUCUGCAGCCAGAGGGGACAUGGCCACAUUUAGCCAAGGACUUACUGUGGCAGGGUAGGGAAGAGACUGGAUUUUUAUUUGUUUUGCAUCUGCUUUGUGUUGUGGAUGGAAGGUGUGAGAACUGAAAAGGACAGUUGCAAAUGAACUUUUAUUUUUCAAUGGACCGAAUGUCUUAUAUUUAUAAACUCAAGAUUGCAAUCUUUUUCUUUGCACUCAAGCCACUAAAAGAGUCUGAUUCUAUAUAUUCUUGUACAAUGAACUUGCAAUAAAUUUCUGAAAUGUAAAUAUC